CAUCUUUUCGUCUCUCAACCGUUCCACAACUUGCUCCACUGGAACACCCCAUCUUCCACGACUUAGCUUCUCUUCGAUCUCCAGCAAUGGCGAAGGAACCAGUUCGCGUUCUUGUUACCGGUGCUGCAGGACAAAUUGGAUAUGCACUCGUACCAAUGAUUGCUAGGGGUGUCAUGCUAGGCUCGGACCAGCCUGUGAUCCUGCACAUGCUUGAUAUCCCACCUGCAGCAGAGGCUUUAGAUGGAGUGAAAAUGGAGUUGGUGGAUGCAGCAUUUCCCCUUCUUAAGGGUGUUGUUGCCACCAUUGAUGUCGUUGAGGCAUGCACUGGAGUCAACAUUGCCAUCAUGGUUGGAGGUUUCCCGAGGAAGGAAGGCAUGGAAAGGAAAGAUGUGAUGUCUAAGAAUGUCUCAAUCUACAAGUCUCAAGCUUCUGCCCUGGAAAAGCAUGCAGCUCCCAACUGCAAGGUUCUGGUUGUUGCUAACCCUGCAAACACCAAUGCAUUGAUACUGAAGGAAUUUGCACCUUCAAUCCCUGCCAAGAAUAUUACAUGUUUGACCAGACUGGAUCAUAAUAGGGCACUGGGACAAAUCUCAGAGAGGCUAAAUGUUCAUGUUUCUGAUGUUAAGAAUGCGAUUAUUUGGGGUAAUCACUCGUCAACUCAGUAUCCUGAUGUCAACCAUGCAACUGUUAAGACUCCAUCUGGCGAGAAGCCUGUCCGCGAGCUAGUGAAAGAUGAUGCAUGGUUGAAUGGAGAAUUCAUAACUACUGUUCAACAACGUGGCGCUGCAAUCAUCAAAGCUCGAAAGCUCUCAAGUGCACUAUCUGCUGCUAGUUCAGCUUGUGAUCACAUUCGUGAUUGGGUCCUUGGAACUCCACAGGGCACAUGGGUUUCGAUGGGGGUUUACUCCGAUGGUUCAUACAAUGUACCAGCUGGUCUUAUUUAUUCCUUCCCAGUUAUAUGUAAGAAUGGAGAAUGGUCAAUUGUCCAGGGGCUUAACAUUGAUGAAUUCUCAAGAAAGAAGCUAGAUUUGACAGCAGAGGAGCUCACCGAGGAGAAGGCUUUGGCAUACUCAUGCCUCUCUUAAAUGUGCUAUCUUUGUUUACCGACUGUAUAAGUGGGGUUGCCCUGCAAUUUAAUUUAGGAGGGAUAGCUCAUAGCUACAAUUUUGAAUAAAGCUUUUGUUAAAAUCUACAGGACCUGCUCAUGAUGAGACAGUUGCCUCUUCACCCGUUUAUCAUAUGGGGAUUUUUGGAAUUUUUAUCACUUCAUGGAUUUGGCCUUUCAAUUAUAAAUGAGAUAAUGAAGGACUCUGUUUCCC